AUGUUCGUGACAGAGUUGAUGUCCCGCAUCAACCACAACAAGCUGGGUCUUGACAGCAUCGCAUUGGCACACUGCCAAUGCGCCACCCCACCCAUUUCCAUGAGCGGCUUGAUCCAUGACCCACCACCCACGGCUAUACCCAACCAGCUGAUCCCCAAUCAAACCAUCGGAUCCUGCAGCUUGAGCAAGAACUGGCCCAAGCCAAAAGCACAGCUCGCAGCCGCCGCACCAUCCCAGGAAGUGAUCACCCUCGUGGAGAAUUUACACAAGGUGGCAAUGGAGUCACAGCACAAAUUAGAGUGCCUCAUGCAGCAGGCCACUACCCUUCUCACAACACAACAUGAGGCAAUGACAGCCAUGAUGUCCAGCUGCAAGCAGCAAUUGGACAACCUAGAGAGCUUGGUGCAUCAAGGCACCCCGGAUUGGUCUUGA